AUGGCUUCGCCCAAAUCACAAUUGUUGAUUAUAGAAAGUUCCGUCGAAAACUUAAUUGAAGAAGUCGAGAAAAGACCUGCGCUUUAUAAAAAAAGUUUAAAGGAGUACUCCGACGCGAAUAUGAAGAAAAAACUGUGGGAGGAAGUUUGCGAAGCAGUUGUUGUUGAUUGGAAUUCGCUUAGCGCUGAGGAGAAAACAAACAAAGGUAGGAAUGUAAAAAUAAAAAUAUUAGAGUACUUAUGUGAAUUUUUAUUUAUUUAUUUAUUUAUCUAUUUACAAUUAUUACACUUUGUUAUAUUGACACGGAAUCGCGCCUCCGGGAGAAAUAAAUGGGCUAAUUUAAGGACUUGCUUUCGUCGCGAAUUAAACGCUCAAAAGAACACUAAGUCGGGGCAAGCUGCGAAUAAAAGGCGUAAAUAUGUCUACUUUGAACAGUUAUUAUUUUUACUUCCAUGCAUGGAAAACCGACUUACUGAAGGUAACCUGGAAGAGGAAAAUUUUCUAUCAAAUGAUGAGCAUGAUGAUCAAGCUGGUUCAUCCACUCCCACCCCUAUUCGUCAGCGGAAAAAGAGACCUAAUGUACCGAAGCAGACGGACGUGGAUGAAGCAUUAUUAAAGGCAUUAAAUGAGCCUAAUACUGAUGAAGAUGUGAACUUCGCUUUGUCACUGGUCCCUUCACUCCAAAGUUUAACCGCAGAAGAAAAACUUGAUGCUAAAAUAAGUAUUCUUAACGUUUUUAAACAGAUAAGAUCAGCUAGGUGCGCUCAGUCUCCGCCAACAUGUACGUACAACAGAGUUCAGCAACCCUUGUACCCUUUUCCAAUUUCGCAACCGACAACCAUUCGAAACAUUUCAUCACCUGGCAACUCCAACGAUACAGCCCAGUCUUAUUAUUCAAAUUUUUCAGAUGAAUCGCAAAUAUAUGACUUGUAAAUAUUUUCCGAAUUUUGUAAUAUUAUUCUAAUAAAAAUAGUUGAAAAGUA